UGUCGUCAGGUAUGGAGCUCUGUCGCGACUCCUCCGGUUACUUAAACGUAUCUGUGUUUAACAUGUGGACAUGUGCCUGGUGCUAUAAGUUUCUGUUUCAACAAAAAACUUCAAAGAAAAUCACCUUAGAUCCUGACUGGAAUAGAGGCUCACCACUGCUGGUUUCCCGGAACAGUACCUUUAGUGCUGUGCCGAAUGUAGACAAUCCCGGACAAACUUCGCUAGUCUGUGGCACUCUUGAAACCGCGGACUGUGUCCGAUGGACGUCCUGUUGCCGGGCUGCCAAAGCCUGUUGUCAAAGACAGACACGUGCACCUCCGAGAGGGCACAGCACGUGUCCAAGCACAUGGGAUGGUUUUGGUUGUUUUGAUGAAACGGACGCUGGACAAACGGCGGUCAUCACGUGCCCAGAGUUUAUCGAAUACGGAUUUGUAUCAGAUUAUGCGACCAAGGAUUGCACUGAAAACGCCACCUGGUGGAAAGACCAGGUGUACUACCGAGAAUGGACAGAUUAUUCUCCCUGUCUCAAGAUAAUGGUGUACAAGUCCGUCGUGUAUGUUGGUAUAGCUUGCUGCUCCUUCAGUUUAAUCCUGCUCACACCUGCCAUCAUCAUAUUCCUCUGCAUCAAACAGUUGAGGUCACAGCAGCGAAUACGACUCCAUUUGUGUCUCUUCAUAUCCUUCGUCCUGACCUCUGUCUUCACACUGUUGUGGGACCUCUUUGUGUACAGCGAUCUUCUCGAUCAUCCGCGUCACCAAACCAUAAUGCAUCGAAACUCGUUUGGCUGUCGCUUGCUCUACUUCCUCAAGCGGUACUCGGUUACCGCUAAUUACUUUUGGAUGUUUUGUGAGGGUCUUUACCUCCAUCGACUUAUAGUUCAUGCCUUCAGAGUGCCAAGGUAUCUCCUGUGGUAUUAUCUCUUUGGUUGGGGUCUUCCCUUUGUACCACUAUCGAUAUAUUCUGUCAUCAAAGCUGGAAUCGCUAAUCACGGGUGCUGGAUCAAGAAUAUUGGUGCCUAUGAAUGGAUAAUUUACACACCGAACAUUUGCUGCAUUUUAGCGAAUUGUUUGUUUCUCUGCAGUAUAUUGCGGAUAAUGGUGUCCCAGCUUCAAACCCAUCCCAACGAGCCUAGUGGCUACAGACGUGCUAUCAAGGCGACAUUUGUACUUGUGCCAUUAUUUGGGAUCCAGAUGUUCGUUAUCAUCUAUCGCCCACACGGUUCAACUCCUCAUCGGUUUCUUUACGAAAUCAUCUCCAAAAUCAUCACAGAUUCACAGGGUGCUGUUAUAACGAUGAUAUACUGCUUUGGAAGUGGAGAGGUUCAUUCUUAUCUGCGGUCCCGUUGUCGUAGCUGUACUCGUGAACUUCACAUCCGAAACAACACAGCCACGAGGACACCUAACGUGUCCAUGACUCAGUAUACUGCCAUUACAGCCAGCCAACCCCGACUGUCCUGCUCGAAAGACACCGUCUUGUGUUCUGCAAAGGGAGACAACCACGAAAAUAGAAAACGCGUUCCUGUGAACGGACAAAUGCACACACAUAAUUUUUACCGUCAGUGAUUGUACCAUAUUUUGCUACGCUAAUAUAUAUUUUUGUUUUUGAAGUUACUUUAUCAUUAUUUGAAGAAUAAGAAAGAUGUAUAUAUUUUAUGUCACAGAAGAACAAGGUAGUUUCCGUGGAUAUUUUUUUGAAAAUAAACUAAUAUUGUUUCAAUGAUCGC